AAAUAUUGGAAAUUAUAAUCAUAUAGGAAUGGAAGAAGACUUGAAAUUCAAACAAAAAUCUACUCGUGGUUACGAAAAAAGCUACAUGUUGCAUUGUUAUAACUUAUGGUUAGAAAAUGUAACCAAAG